CAUCGCCCCGAGAUAAACCUGCCGGCGCUGUGCCCUGUCCCGUUGCGUCGGCGUCGCAAACAGCUCCAUCGCCCCCGCCCGCCGCUAUUUAUUUCUGGACACGUACGCAAUUCGCCUCGCCAGCCCGUCGCUCCUGCUCUUGGUCCUGCUCCUGGUCCUGCUCCUGGUCUUGUUCUCGUCUCAGAACCCUCGCUGUCUCCCAGCCACCCAGAGCACAUCUCUGCCGACUCCGGUCCAUUCCAGACCCCACCGCCUUCCCCGCCAGCAAUCCCUGCUCGCCUGACCCGCUCUCCCGCCCAGCCAUGGCCACCUUCCGAUCCUCGCCCGGCUACAGCGAGAGUGACGACGUCUCCGACACCGACUUUGGCUCGCUCCCUAUCAAGAGCGAGUACCCGGACGCGGCAUACUCGUCCGCCAUGCACUCGGACCACUCGCCCAACGGGUCGCCAAAGAAACGCAAGCGCAGCGGCCUCAGCUCCGAGGAGCGCAUCGAGCAUCGCAAAAUCGCCCACACCGCCGUCGAGCGGCGUCGUCGGGAAAAGAUCCAGCAAAAGAUUCUUGAGCUCCGAGACCUCGUUCCCACCUGCACCACCCACCGCAACAUCCAAAAGGCUGUCAUUCUCGAGUGCACCGUCGAUUACAUCCACGAACUCCACGCCAAGAUCUGGGAUCUCUCGCGGCGGCUGCAAGAAGCCUCGCCAGCGGCUGCGACUGCCGCUGCUGCUGCCGGUGCUGCUGCACCAGAGUACCGCCUCGCCCACCAGAGCGUCUACUCGGCCCCGAUUCCUCCUCAUCCUCAGGCUUCUCAUAGCGCCCCGCAGCCUGCUCCUCCGGCUUCUCGGGACAAGCUCCUCCGCCGCAAUACUACCCACAUCCAGGACCAAGCCCAAGUCCAUACCAUCCCCAGCAUCCCCAGCAUCCCCAACAGUCGCAUCCUUCUCAACCGCAUACUCAGCUUGGUCCAUCCAGUCCCGGCCCAUGCCCUGGCGAAUCGCCAUGGACUCGGUGCUUCAUUUGACCCGCCAACCAUGCUCUCGCGUGGUGUUCGUCCCUCGGCCAUGUCGCCCGAUUCAGUCUCAGUAUCAGUCUCGGCCUCAGUCUCGGCCUCAGCACCGUCCCAAGCCUUCAACUUGACCGUGCCGCAAUCGAACCCCAGCGACCGGGUUACACCGCCCUCCGAUGCCCCUGGACGAUCCGAUGGUCUCACUGACUCGGCAAAUCGAUCCAUGAGCAUCCGGAGUCUCCUGCUAGGCUAG